AUGCAAGAUAAGGGGCCGAAGACGAAUGUCGAGUGCACAAGGAAAGUCUCUCUGCACUGGGCCAAGUCAGGACCUUCUAUUAAGAAUGACAGUGAUAUUGUUAGCAAACAGAUCGCUGGAAUUGAAGGAAAUAACACUUGCAGCUUAUGUUAUGAUUGUGGACCUCCAGAUGUACCUUUCUUGGUUGCUGUUGAUGUAACUGAAACAAAUUCUAUAAAUGUAAGAUUCCAAGAGCCAGAACAACAAGUCUCGGCUAUAUGCACCAAAUUCAAAGUUCAAUGGAGCUGCUUAGAAGCCUUCAGUCCUUUAGCUGGAGAGAGAGAAAUUUUAGAUAUGAAACACAUGGAAUGUCACAUAGGUGAUUUGAUUCAAGGACAAAGGUAUUAUUUCCGAAUAACUUGUGGCAACUUGAAAGGAUAUGGAAAGUUUAAGCAGUCUACAUCAGUUAUUCCUUCUAGUUGGCGGUAUGUUGAGGAUUGUGAGCCAAGAUUUGCAGGACGUCUGCAACUUCUUGAUGACCUGUUUUCUGAAAUAAGAAGUUCAAGACCAGAACAUGCAGCAGAUAUAAAAGCUACUGUUGAAGCUGGAGAAACUUCUGGAAUUCAAAGACGAAAUCAAAGAAAGAAAACUACUAUUAAACAACUCUUUACUGUGGCAUCAAAAUUUCAGAAAAAAUUCAGAAGGGGUGUAUUUCUGGCCUGUUUAUUGUACCAUCAAGAUAGUGUUGCCUGUACAUGGGAUGAUGUCAAAUCUCUUCGACAGGAAAUGGAGAAAAGCCUCAGCUCUUCUACUGUACAUUUUCGUAUCAAGUUGUUACAAGCAGCUGCUCAAAUGCAGACUGCUUUGUGUAUGCAAGGUCUUGGACAACUCUUCCACAGACCAAUAAAGGAUUCUCAGGGAACAUUAGUGAUCUCCAGUGAAUUAUGUAUGCUCACCAAAAUGUGUAUCUGUUUUGAACUCAAGAUAGCUCCCAUUAAGUAAAGUGCAAAAGAAACUGGCUACUCAUGAGGAACCACAUGUGGAGGAAUUGCUUAU